GAAGCAAUGGAGUCGUUUCGUCUUCUUGUGGAGGCUGAGAAUCCCACCGAUGCUCGUCCGACCGUGCCGUCUCCGGUCAUUUUCCGGUGAAAAGAAGAAUUAGUAAAGAGAUAAACGCUACGUUGAAGCGAGAAUGAGUAAGAGGCCCCCGCCGGACCCCGUGGCCGUGCUCCGAGGACAUCGGGCUUCCGUCAUGGACGUUUCAUUUCAUCCAUCUGAACCUCUUCUUUUUUCGGGCUCUGCAGACGGUGAGUUGCGUGUUUGGGACACGGCCCAGAAUCGAACGGUAUCAUCAGCAUGGGUGCAUAGUGCAGCACACGGAAUUAUUAGUGUUGCUUGCAGUCGUUCUAUUGGGACAAAUAGAGUCGUCAGCCAGGGUAGGGAUGGAACUGUUAAGUGCUGGGAUAUUGAUGAUAGGACUCUGUCCAGAGUUCCUACUGUCUCAAUCAAGACAAAUGCCUAUCACUUUUGCAAACUCUCCUUGGUGAAGCAGCCUUCUGAUUUUUCAAGCCACAAUGAUGGUCCUAAGUGUAUUAAUGAUCCAGACGAGAAGCCUGAGGCAACAAUUUUGGGCUGCAGUGGAGAUAAGGCUCAAGGAAUCUCUACUGAGCAAUCCUACAAUUCAGAAGUUGAUGGGCUGAAGUAUGUGGCUGUCGCAGGGGAGCAAUCUUCAGAGGUUGAAAUUUGGGAUCUGAAUGCUGGGGAAAGGUUGCUACGACUUCCUCCAAACGAUGAAGUGGAUUGCCCAAAUAUCUCUACCAAGGAUAGAGGAUUAUGCAUGGCAGUUCAAGCCUUUUUACCAUCUAAAUCUCAAGGAUUCUUAAAUGUCUUGUCUGGAUACGAGGAUGGUUCCAUGCUUUGGUGGGAUCUAAGGAAUCCGAGAGUUCCAUUAGCAUCAGUGAAGUGUCAUGUAGAGCCAGUUCUGAGUAUUUGUGUUGAUGGAUCGUGCCAUGGUGCUAUCUCAGGAGCUGCUGAUGACAAAGUUGUGAUGUUUAGUUUGGAUCAUUCCACGGGGACAUGUCUGGUGAAGAGAGAAAUUACUUUGGAACGGCCUGGCAUAGCUAAGGUCUCUAUUCGACCAGAUGACAAGAUUGUUGCUACUGCUGGUUGGGAUCACAGAGUGCGGAUUUAUAACUAUCAGAAAGGAAAUCCUCUUGCUAUAUUGAAAUACCAUCAGGCCCUGUGUAAUGCUGUAUCAUACUCAGAAGACUGUAAGUUAAUGGCAUCUGCAUCAGAAGAUAGAACUGUAGCACUUUGGGAGCUCUAUCCUCCUCGAACUUAAAUUCAAAUGGCUGCUGUUGCAUUUAACUUGGGAGAAGGGUACAACAUUUGACUUACCAUGCCCUGAUGUGCAUUAUGUCUUUAUUUUUUAGAAUAAAGUUUGUUAUUUUAUUGUCACCGGUGAUAAGAGGUAAAAACUGAAAGCACCCAUCCUCCCGAAUUUUUCUCUGUGGUAUCAUCUUUCUACUUGUGUACCCGUACCAUUGCACACAAGUGAAUGAGUUUAUUAUUGAGAGAUUCUCUUAGCGUUCUAUAGUUGGAAGGGAACUUUGAUCAUACUUCAAAGGAGAUUGAAGUAUUAUCCGCUGGUACGUUAAUCGUUUGUUUAUUUUUCUUCAACAAUUCUUUAGUGGAUACUCUUGCUCUA